UACAUUGAUCUCUUGCAGUGCUGUGGCAUUCUGAGCGGGAGGUGGCUCGAUGAUGCGCAAUGCUGGGCGCACAGUGGGCGGCACCCUGCGGUCAGCGGGCAACAGUGCCCUGCCCCAGGGGCUGAGUGCCCUGCAGCAGAGAAGCCGUGCUGGUCAGGAAAGCAUCUUUGCACCGCUCAAGAAGGACUCCUCCCGUACAGCUGGCACACCGGGUGCAGCACGUACGCGCACAAACAGGCCCAUGUCUACUACGCGUUCUGACCCAGUGAACAAGGAGAAUAUGCUGUCCCGAGGCAGCUCUGGCACUCGAAAGUGUGGCAGCAUCAAGUCAUCCUCAAGCAAAGAUAGCCUGGACUCCAAUGGCCAGACAAAAGAGCACAAGAAGCCUCAUUCUGGGCUGGGGCAGCCUACAGUGGGCACCCAAACAUCGGAGAGCGCAGGCAAGGCAUCGCCCACGACCAUCCUGCAACUGGAGCGGGAGAAGAGCUUGCUGGAGCAACAGGUCUCCGAGUUGGUGCGCAACGCUGAGAGCAAGAAGGCCGAGAUUGCUACUUUGCGCAUGGAGAUCAAGCAUCUCAAGCAGGAGAGCUCUGGGGGCAGCCGCCAGCUGGAGGCCCUCCAGCUGGAGAACUGCAGUCUACGUGAGAAGCUGGUCCAGCUGGGUGUGGAACCUGCCGAGGCCUCUGGAAAACAGGAUCCCCUGCAAAGGUCAGCCUCAGCGGGCAGCCUCGAUGGAGCUCGAGAACAGGCCAAAUCUGUGGACGGUGCCCUGUCGGACGACGCUUGCCCCAGUGGCAGUCGGCUGGAGUGGGACAAGGCCAGCACCAGCAGCUUGAGCGAGAUGUCUGUUGCCUGCCUCCAGGACCGCAUCAUGCAGAUGGAGGAGACACACUACAGCACCAAUGAGGAGCUCCAGGCGACACUGCAAGAGCUGACGGACCUGCAGGACCAGUUGACUGACCUUCAGCUGGAGAACGAGCGCUGCUGCGAUGAAAAGGCGCUUUUGCUCGAGUCACUGUGCUCACAGACGGAGAAACUGGAGGAGUGCCGAUCGCACAAUGACCACCUGCGUGCGCUGCUCUUUGGCCAUGCGUCCCCACCUCCACAAGCCUCGUCAUCUUCAUCCACGCCAGCAGUGGAAGCACAACUUUCGAGGGAGCAGCACUAUGUGGAGCUGCUCAAGAAAGCGCAUGAAGAGCAGACAGUGCUGCGUGGCCAAGUGGACCAGCUGCAGGCAUCGCUGGAAGUGGCCUCACGCGAAGCCCAGGACCAUCAGCGAGAUCUCCAGGGCCUGGCUCACCGUGUCUCCCUGCUGCAAGCGGCACUCGAGGCAGCCCAGGCUGCCUCUGCCUCUGCAGGCCCACACGGAGAGGGUGAUAACGCUGCACCAAUUCUGGAGUGAGUGCAGGCGUGUGUGUACAUGUUUGUGUGCGCAUGUUUUUGUGUGAAGUGGAAGAUAUCACCAACCAAAACUUCUUUAAUUCUUGAAGGGACACUACAGUGAAAACAGUGAAUCAGUUUAGACAGAUAAGUUAUGCUCUGAAAGCUCUACUGUUGUUAAUUUCACCUCCAUAAGUUUAUUAGUGGAAGAGGAAAUCAAGGUCAAAGUUCCAUCCUUGAACUUUGUGCCGAAACCUUCACAGGUGACAUCACGGAUUUCACUACGGUUUUUUUCGUAUUUUGGUCACAUUGGCUCAAUGAAAUUUCUUGAAACUUGUUACAUUAAGUCUCUAUCCCCUUCAGACGACAAUGUACUUCAUACUUACCGAUCAAGAACUACAUAGCCCCUACCAGAUGGCGUCAAAAUCCAUGACGUCACUGCGAUUGGUGCGGGAAAUUCAAGGUGGCAUCGCCACCUGCAUUUUCUUUAUGUGCGUUUUCUCGAUUGCUAAGCGUGUUCGUGCGGCAAGUGUGGUGAUUUGGUAUUGUGAAAGAGCAAUUUGUCAGCGAAACAAGAAAGUG